AUGUAUGUAAGUGGGGAUAGUGGAUCCGUGGUGGGCUCGCCGUUGUCGCGAUGCACGAGUCAAAAGGAGGAUGACAGCGUUGCAUGGGCGUCACCCUUACCCUUGGCGCCGGAGUCCUCCGGGAGCGAGUCCGUAAACAGCAGCCGGAGUAAUUACAGAAAUGACAAGUGCCUUGACUUAGAGAGCGUCGACGAAGCGUACGUCGAGAGCGUUAUCAAGGAAUGCCAGUCCGUUGUAAGAGGGAUGAUGUGGCGGCUUUUUUACGCGGUGUGCAUUUUCUUCGUGGUGCUGAUCUUCCAGGCGAUAUGCGUCUGGAACAGCGACCGAGUGUACACUAAAUACACGACAAGCAUUGAUCCUCCUCCAUUAUAUGAAUGGCAGAAGCGCAGCUUCAACAUGUCGCCUCUGUACGACCACCUGCAGGUCGCAUUCAUGUCGUGGUACGGCAACACCCAGGUAUCCAUUCGAUGCGCUGACGUGCUCAUAGCCGUUCUGUGCAUUCUUGUGUGUGGCAAGGUCCUUUUCAGCGCCCCGCUGAUGUUCGGAUGUCAGAUGGUGAUUCGGUACGUGUUGCUGAUGUCGCAGGUGUACCUGCUGAGGGGCGUAUUCAUCGCUGCCACGGUGGUGCCCACUCCAGCGCAAGAAUGCAAGGUGUUCGACCAAAAUGCCAACUUCCUGGCGCAGAUAGCGCACGUCGUCCAGGGAUACUUCUCGAUAACCGACACCUGCACCGAUCUCAUCAUAUCGGGGCACACGGCCGGGAGCACCCUCUUCAUGGAGAUGUUCGUGAUGCACAACAACAUGUGGCACCUCAAUACAGCGGUAGUGAUCAUAGUCAUGCUCAUCUACGUGAUGCUCAUCGUUGCAAGAGCGCACUACACCAUCGACGUCAUGUUCGGGGUUCUCUUGGCGUUACACCUGUACGUACAUCACUUGCGGAUCGUCUCCAGGGUAGGGCGCAGCACUUGCAAGGGCAUCAAGCUGGGCAAUUCGUUUUUCUCCGCCAUCUGCAGGGCGUUCUCGAGGUUUGAGAUGGUCGAGGAGCGCAUCCAACUAUACGUCCGACUGCGGCACCUCAAGGAGACCACGGAUGACCAGGUGUGGCAUGCGAACAAACUUGCCUUCUACUACAACAUCUUCGGCAUCGAGGACAAUGUAGAGCCGACGUGCAUAUAUAAAGGCUUUGACGGGUGGUCGAAGGCAAACUUCAGGCUGAUAGGCCGCGCAUUUGCGCGCAGCAAGGAGCCGACUCCGGCUCCUGUGCCGAAGCCCGCAGAGGGUCCCGACACACGGCGAGCACCCCCUGAUGACACACCUACCACCAACAACACAUAUUAA